ACUGACAGUAGUAUAACAGUUGUGGACACGGAUAUUUAUUGCACGGAGUAUGCUGUUCAAGUGUGGCAUUUGGAUUGCAUUUGCAACGGCGAUAAAUCGAGCUGAAUUGCUCGCUUUUCCAGAAAACAUUGCAAUCGUUAAGGAACUAAAGACGAGAGAAAGGCAACCUAGAAACACAAAUGAAGAAGAUUUGCUAAAUCAAGUGCCACUCCAUCUCAGUUUUCAAACUCAGCCAACAGAAGACGGGCCAGUAUUUAUACCAUGGAUAAGCCAAUUGGGACUUCUAAGCAAUCAAGGUCCAUCUUCACCAAUUUGCUAUGAUCAACCACCUAACCAGAAGGAUGUAAUGGUACAACUAGCUCAUGUUAUUUGCCGACAGUCAGGAUUCAUGACAGCAACCAAAUGGUUUGGCAUUCGAAAAGAAACAUUAGGUCUGCAUGUGAACUCUAGCGGGCUUAGCGCUUACUGUCGAGGUGAUGAACAAUUUGUUGACCAUUGUCGGUGGCAUUUCCCAAUCUUACGUCCUUGCAGUCAGUUUUUGGCAAUUGAAUGCGGAGAUUGUUCACGUUCGUACUUGAUGGCAGAGGAUACUCGAAUAAUCUUAGCUUCACCAGGAUUCCCUAUUUACAUUCCAUUAGUGGUGUGUGAGUGGAACAUUACAUUGCUACCGGAGAAUAAUUUGCAAAUCAGGUUUCAGCAGUUUGAAUUGCCUAGUCCUAUCUAUGAUGAGGCAAUAAAUGUCGUAUCUUGUCGGUCGGGAUCCCUGGACAUCAUGUCAUGGCAUGAGGAUAUUAAAAAAAUGGCGUUAGAUGGUCGAUUCUGUGGCCGGUACAGUCCAGGCAAGCUUGCAAUUAAUACUACCAUUUAUUUACUACACAAUUCCAGAAAUUUGACCAUAAUUUCCAACCGCAUCCUUAUUCGAUACACGGCGAGUUCCUUUAAGAUGGACGAUGUAACAAAAAAAGGCUUCCUGGCAGAAUGUUCGCUUGUCCCCUCAGCUCAGUUGUCAAGUAAUUUUGCCAUCAUUCGCUGGGUACUAAUAGGCAGCGCAAUAUUGAUAACAUUCAUAAUCGCACUAUUCCUUUGGAUUUGGAAGGGAAAUUUCCACAAUGAGUAUUUGCGCUUAUGUUUAAACUGUUGGGCACAUUCUUUCCCGACGAGGGACGGUCAUCUGAGUUUGGCAAGAUCACCUCUAUCCACAGUCGAGCUACCACCGCCUGUGGAAACAUUUAGCCAUAUAGCUGGCUUUGAAGAUCGACGAAUGGAGAUAAUACAUGGACGCCGCAGAAGUGCAACCAAAGUCCCGGAUCAAGAAUGUGAUAUCCGUCACUGGGACCAAACCCGUCGUCUGGAAAAGUGGCAUUCAACCAACCGUACAACUCGGUCUUCGUCAGCUGGUUUCGCUUCCAUGCAAAGUAUUGAACUGCAGGAUGAAAUUUCGCUUGUUACUGCACCGAAAGACAAUAAUGAAAGCCAUAUCUAUGAAGAAAUCGACAUCAACUUACAAAAUGGAAAGUAUACAACUAGUUGCCUUGAAGCCACAUGUAUCCGAUCAAUAUCUAGCACAGCUCCACCGAGAAUGAUGAUGCCAUUCAUCCGUCGAAGCCUUUUCGAUCGACCACCGGUGAUAUUGUAUCAACAAACGUCAACGUUUGACCCCUUGAAUACCACCAUUUUGGUCUCGGAAUCUUCAGCAUCCUCGCAUCCACAAAAAUCUCAUCAAUGCCUACAGGACCACUCAGUUUUCCAUCGCCCGCCGUGUUUUCAUUGCAGGAGCAGUGAAUCCGCGUUUUCAACCUCUUCCCAUUUGGCGCUAUCGAGUGAAUCGGGGGACAGCGCAUCUCUUAGCGCUAUCUAUGUGAAUCCCGAACCAGAGGCUGAAGAAUAGUGCUUGACGUUUUUUUUUUUAAUGUAGCCAAUUUCAUGGCAACGGGCUGUAACGUAUAAAAAUAUAUUGUUGUUUGAAA